CCAAGGAGGCACCGAAGAAGGCCCGCAGAGCGAAUUCCGGGAUCCGGCCGCUGAGUGCGAGAUUCGUCAGAGCUGUAAGCGCUGUGAGAAGUCGCGCUCCAGCCUCGGCGGUGGGCUUAGCCACAAGGCAUUGUUCAUUGUGCGCCCUUUUAUCCGCUUGGUCAUUUUUCUGGGGCGAUUCUUCGUUCAAUACGCAGGUCCUUAAACAACUGGCGACUGGCUAACAGGAGUGAUGGCUGCCCAACUUGUUCGGGAUGCAUUCCCGCACAUGGAUGAUGAUCUCUUCCAGUAUGUGGAAGGAGUGCUGGAGUCCGCUGAGGAGUUCCAGACAGGCGAUGACGUCUAUGACGCCAUUGGAGGCAUUGUGGAACAGGUGGCGGGCGAUGACAGCGAGGAUGACGUCAGGCGGCUGUGCCACCGUGUGAUGGCCGAGCUGCAGCUCAGUUCGCCCGACGGCCACCAGGGCGGCGCUGCGAACGGCGACCGGCGCCGCCUGGAUGCGCCCGUGCACCUGGGCUCGAUGGCCGGGGACCAGGGACCCGGCGAGAUGCCCAGCAUCUGGCUAGCACAGAAGGAGGUCGCCUCGCGUGUCGACACCAAGAAGCUGGAGAAGGCGGAGGAGAUGCGGAAGAAGAAGCUGGAGAAGCAGAACGCCACGCCGGCGCCGGCGGCCGUGCUGGCCGAGAAGACGGCCUCGGCCUCGCAGGUCAUCUCCAAGCGUGACGUGCGGGCCGAGGCGCGCGGCGCCAACAUGUGCAAGGACAUCCGCAUCGAGAACUUCGACAUCUCCAUCGGAGACAAGGUGCUCAUCUCGGGAGCGGACGUCACGCUGGUGUACGGCCGCCGGUACGGGUUCGUCGGACGGAACGGACUCGGGAAGACCACCAUGCUGCGUAUGAUCUCCAGCGGUCAGCUGGUGAUCCCAUCGCACGUCAGCGUGCUACACGUGGAGCAGGAGGUGACGGGAGACGACACGGAGGCACUCCAGUCGGUACUCGAGUGUGACACGGCACGAGAGUCGCUGCUCACGGAGGAGAAGGAGCUCACAGCGAAAAUCAACUCCGGUCACCAGGACGCCGGUCUGUCAGAGCGUCUGUCGGCCGUGUACGCCCAGCUCCAGGCGUCGGACGCCGACCGGGCGCCGGCGCGGGCCGCCGUCAUCCUGCGAGGUCUGGGCUUCACCCCGGCCAUGCAGAAACGGCCCACCAAGGAGUUCUCCGGCGGCUGGAGGAUGCGACUGGCACUGGCGCGCGCCCUGUUCUCUCAGCCGGACCUGCUGCUGCUUGACGAGCCGACGAACAUGUUGGACAUGAAGGCCAUCAUCUGGCUGGAGGAUUACCUGCAGACGUGGCCGAGCACGCUGCUGGUGGUAUCGCACGACCGGCAGUUCCUGGAGGUGGUGCCCACCGACAUCCUCUUCCUGCACACACAGAAAAUCGACUGCUACAAGGGCAAUUACGGCCAUUUUGUGAAGGCCAAGGCCGAGAAGAUGAAAAACCAGCAGAGGGAGUAUGAGGCUCAGAUGGCGUUCAGAGCACACGCACAGGAGUUUAUCGACAAGUUCCGCUACAACGCCAAGCGGGCCUCGCUCGUACAGAGCAAGAUCAAGAUGCUGGAGAAACUCCCCGAGCUGGUGCCUGUGGUGGCAGAGAGUGAGGUGGUGCUGAAAUUCCCGCCCACGGAGCCGCUCCACCCACCGAUCCUACAGCUGGACGAGGUGGACUUCCGCUACCCGACCGGCGACAAGUACAUCUUCCGCAAGGUGGACCUCAGCACCGCCAUGGAGUCGCGCAUCUGUAUUGUGGGAGAGAACGGCGCCGGUAAGACGACGCUGCUGAAGAUUCUGAUGGACGAGCUGACGCCCACCUCGGGUAUCCGACACGCGCACCGCAACCUGAAGAUCGCCUUCUUCUCUCAGCAUCACGUGGAUCAGCUGGACAUGACUGUCAACUCGAUACAGCUGCUGGCAGCCCGGUUCCCCGGUCGCAUCGUCGAGGAGUACCGCCAGCAGUUGGGUAGCUUCGGUGUCAGCGGAGACCUGGCCACACAACAGGUGGGCAGUCUGUCGGGAGGUCAGAAGUCCAGAGUGGCGUUCGCAGCCAUCUGCAUGGCGCGGCCCAACUUCUUCAUCCUUGACGAGCCUACCAACCACCUGGACAUUGAGACCAUCGAGGCGCUCGGACACGCCAUCAACCGGUUCAAUGGCGGCGUGAUCCUGGUCUCCCACGACGAGCGUCUGAUCCGGAUGGUCUGCAAGGAGCUGUGGGUCUGCUCCGGCGGCACUGUGAAGGCACUGGAGGGUGGCUUUGACGAGUACAAGGCCAUCGUCAGGAAGGAGAUCGAAGCCGCAAACGCCAACGGCUGAUGAACGCCGCACAUCUAGGUACUAUGGAAUGGGGCGGGGCGGUCCAGGCUGGGUCCUGGAGUGUCCCCUGAGCACAGAGGGCAGAGUUUUUCAGCUGUUUUGUAUCAGCUUGGUGACGAGUCAGCCUUGCGCGGAUGUCGCCAGGCAGUAUAUUUUCAAUAUUGUUCGGAGCCGUUUUAUGCAAGUCGUGUAAGGUGGUCACAGAGAGCGGAAUGGUAUCGGCUGCUCUCUCCGGUAAUAAGGGUGACCCUAAGCUGGGGCGGGUGCUGCCCCUCUCCGUGUCUGGAGCUGGGAUUCAGGGGAUGUGAGUGCAGUCAGCGGGUCAUAUGGGCGUCCAGGGGAGGCUCACUAUCGUGACUGAGACGAUCUGAGGUCAGCUGUCGGCCCCGAUACUGCUGCGACCGGUGAGGCGUCGUCACUGGGCACACUGUUACCAAGCCCGAUGUGAUGACGACGGGCCGGCAGUAAAAGGACGCUUCCACUGUACUAUCCAGGAGUGAUGGCUAAUAUAUGGUGACUUCAGAACCGCG